GGAAACCCCGUUCCCAGUCCCUGCAGACUUGCUGCUGCUGUAGAGCCUGGCUUGGGGAGAGAAACCGUGGAAGAGGGUAGAAUACGUAUGACAGAAAAGAAGUAAAGUUAAGACUGAUCAACAUCUGGAAACGGUAAAGAAAGACACCGGACAGGUAUCACCAGCAACUUGGCAACAUCUCUUCUCUCCCCUGGCUCUCCAGUGUGCAAGGACACCACCCAUUACAUCAUAUCUCUGAAGUCACCCAGUGCCUCUGUACCUGAUUGAUCAUCACACCCCUUUACCAUUUUUCACCAGUGCAAAAAUCUACCAUCCACCAGCAGGACAGAAGAAACACAAGUGAUUCUUUUUAAAGCAUUUUGAUCAAAGUGAACCAACCAAAGUUUCUCGUCGAUAUUGUACUCAGCUAGAUAUCCAAGCCUCUGUUUGGUGCAACCGUUCAUCAGCAUUCUUCAAGUAAACAACCAUAGCACCGUUAUGGCCUCCAUCACCCACUCAUCCGAGCCCGACAUCCCAGACAACCACAAAGAGAGCUGGCUGGCACUACUUUCUGCAGCGGAAGCGUAUUGCCAAAAGUCUGGCUGUGACAUGGCGAUACUCACAGCCUGUAAGAAGUUCCGGUCGCUGGCCGGAGAGGGAGAGGGGGUGAGGAAAAAGGAGAGCAGUGCCUUUCCAAAGGAGUGUGAUUUCUCCUACAGCGUGUGGGGGCAAGGCUUCCUGGCCGAGUCGGCGCGUCGCUACAUGGACGACAUCGGCGUGUUGCACUCCAUGACCAUGCUAACAGCCCAAAAGCACACACGCCAAGUGGGGGGUGAUGCAGGGAGCAAGCUGGUGGUUGAUCUAACCACUGACUCUGCACACAGAGGGAGCUUCACAGGAGACGGCGGCGUGACUGGAGUCAGUCCCAACGGCAGAAUGUACUCCCAAAGCUACCCGUCGAUCUACAGCACAGGAGCCGGGACCGGCCAGGGUGCCGGGCAGAACGGGAACGGAGAGAGGGAAAGAGAAAAGAGUGCGCUGGAGGCCGAGAUGGGGAGACAGAGGUCUGCGAUCGUGGACUUGGAAGAGGAGUGUGAGGACGAGGAGGAGGAGGAGGAUAUGGAUGAGAGGAGACCUUAUGGGAAUGAAAGUGCUGGUGUGUUCUCGAUGGAUGAGGACUCUCUGUCCCGAGACUGUGAGCCGUUCUUUGAGUCUGACGGCGAGGAGGAGAGCACUGAUGGCUCUCUGAGUGAGGACGCUCCUCCACCAACGCGCGGCAUGGCCAUGGGUCAGGCUUCGUACUCGUCCCGUCACGCCAAUGCGUUGGCUAUGGCCCGCUCGCUUCCUGUGUCCGUUCCUGUGUGGGGCUGCAGGGGGGGCCGAGCCGCUCCUGGAGACAACAGCAGCGGAGAGCGGCAGGGUUGUGCUGAUCUGGAGCACAUCGCUGCCAGUAUGAAGGCCCUGCUGGCCCCCGGAGCCACAGACGGGACAGAGAUGUUCGGGGCCCUGCCGCGGCCCCGGCUCAACACAGGGGACUUCUCUCUGAAGCACUAAGCAAGUGAGAACGAGAGGGAAGGAGGGAGAGAGUCAGAGAUAGAGGGGAUGUGAAGGUGGAGGGGUGUUGUUUGUGACGGGAGGGGACUGCAGAAUGUGGCGUUCAGUACGUGAAACGGCGUGAAAGCUCGUACCUCCGAUUAUUUCUCACUAACCAAAAUUAACGGCACGUGCUUUGAGAAGUAACGACGAAAAAGAGAUGUUGUUAUAAACACUAAUGACAUUCAAAACACUAGCCCCGCCCCCUCCUCCUCGUCACUACACAUUCACUGAGCUACCUGCUACACAUCCCACAACACUACAUUAGGAUUGGACCUCGUGUGCGUAGUGAGCCGAUCCUCUCGCCAACAAGGACACUAAAACUAACUGACACGGCCAGUUGAAAUGUAACGAGCCCUGGAAGUUAGCCGUUUGGUAAAAUCAACCUGUGAGUUAAUGAACCUGAGAAACAGGCUCAACAGUUAGCUUAACGUUCAACCAGUUUCAGCUGGAUGCUGUUAUCAGACAUGAUACAAGUGUAGCAGUUCAGUCAAUCUUUCAAACAUCAUAUAUAAGAAAAAGAAACCUCUGUGUGUGUAAGGCUUGGAAUAGACCUGGGAGAUGCUUAGCUCAGUUUAGCUUAGCAUAGCAUAGGCUGGAAGCAUUGGAUUAUAGCUAGUCUGGCUCCGUCCAAGUUCAAAACAACAUCCUAAACAUCUUAAAAACAUCUGAUGGGAACACCUCUUUCAUAUUCACAGAAGAGGAUAAGGGCCAAUGGACAAAAAAAUUAAAAAUUUAGGUCAAACAUUUAUUUAAUUAUUAUUAUUAUUAUGGGAAUAAAGUCAGAAUUCUAAGAUUAAAGAAAAAAAUCUGAAUUCAAAGAUUUAAAAAAAAUCUGAAUUCAAAGAUUUUAAAAAAUCUGAAUUCUGAGAUUUAAAAAAAUUUGAAUUCUAAGAUUAAAAAAAAAAAUCUGAAUUCAGAUCAUAGACUGUAUAAAAUAUGGACGUAGUAUCCGUGACGUCACCCAUCUGUUCCUGAGAGCUGUUUUGAAGCAAAUCGACGGCAGCAGCCAUAUUGGUAAUGCAGAACUCAACUAGGCAGAGUGUGACGUAGUGUGAGUCUCUUAGCCAAUGGCUGUGUGUUCCCGACCGGGAGUCACGUCAGUCAUGUCCUUAUUUGGGCAAAACUCAUAAUCUUAAUAUCUUCUGAACCGUCACGUUAGAAAAAAAUUCACCCCCCGUACAGUGUGUGCCAUUAGAGAGAUUAGCGUUUUAGGGCCAAGCCGUUUUUUGAACCAGGCUGUAAACAUGUUUAUUAAUGCUGCAAAGAUCGUCUUUUUCCCAUUCAUAUCUAUGUGGUUUCCGGUGUUUCUGCAGCCAGCCUCAAGAGGAUUUUCGAUGUAUUGCAGUUUAUAUCACUUCCGCAUUGGCUUCAUCGUUUGAGACCGGAGUUUGCCGCUUGAUUCUGAGAUUAAAAAAAAAAUCUGAAUUCUGAGAUUUAAAAAAAAAUCUUAAUUGUAAGAUUUAAAAAAAAGAAUUUUGAGUUUAAAAUCAGAAUUUUGAGAUUACUUUAAUCUCAGAACAAUAAUAAUAAUAAUAAAAAAAAUGUUGACCUUCACUUUUUUAUUUUUUUUCCAGUGGCCCUAAUCCUCUUCUGUACAUAGUAAUAUAAUCUGCAUACACAGAAAAAUAAAUAACACAUGUUUGGCUACAUGUAGCAUUUUGUAGCUUAUUAGCUAAAUGCUACUUGCAUGAAGUGUUGGAAUAACAAGAACACUAGUUGAGCCAACUUCUUGCCUUGUAGUCUUAUCUUUCAAACACCCAGAUUCAGCCAGUUUAACACUCAGAGUGAUGACAAGGAGAGGAAGCUAGCUUCAUAAGAAGUGAUGAUUAUGUUAGCUUCCUGCUAGCAGUGGUUGUUUUCUGCCAUCUGGAGAAGUUCACUCCUCUGUCGAGUUUUACGACUGAUAGGAGAUCAUUAUUGUUAGCUGUGUUCUCCCAGUCUUCAUGCUAAGCUAAAUGCUCCCAGCUCAUGCUCUCAUGGUGUCAUUCAGGGCAGUAGAUGCUAAAGGUUUUUAGCUUCAGGUGAUCUCCUCAGACCACAUGGAUGUUUUCUCUACACUGCUCCCAUCCUCCACCGGGUCAACGAACCACCUCCUCCCAACAACACAAACCAAAACACGUAUCUGUUGGAGGGUCAGAAACCAGAGACGUGGUUGAAUUAACAUGAAGCUUGUGGCUUUUUCAAAAAAUGUGAGCGGAGGACACCAGCACCUCCUCCUAACAUGCCUAUUUGUACUUUUACUUUUUGCCAACAAAAGGCUGACUGAUAGAAUGAUUGUAAAACAAUACUGAGUUCAAGGGGAGGGUGGUUUUUUUUUGUUUGUUGUUUUUUUUUUUUGCUUCAGUGCUCCUUGUAAAAAAAAAAGACUGAAUGAGUGAGAGACUGUGUGAGAGAGAGAAAAAAGAGAUACAUGGGAUGGUUUGAAAGGAAAAAAUGUCGAUCUCUGACAUUUCAAAAAAGCAAUAAGUGUUCUGUUGAGUACUUUUCUGUUUGAAAUAAAGGAGCAACACCAAGGAA